UAUGAUUGGAAACAUUCGGAUAACACAGAAUCGGCAACUACCCUUCACGCGAUCCACACAGAAGCUCUCUCUCUCUCUCUCUCUCUCUCUCUCUCUCUCUCUCUGUUACUGUAACAAAAUCUGGGGGCAAUGGGAGUUUCGUUCCUCGCCACAGUUCCUUCUUCUGUCAAUGUAAACAAUCCUCCACGUCUCAUUCAUACUUCUCCCCAUCGCGCUGGUGUGAAUGUUAUACGAUGCAGUAAGAUCGGUGCCGACGAUGUUCCUGGAGAUAGUUUCGUCUUCCACCGGAGGGAAGCUCUCAAAUUCGCCGGCACCGCCGUUGGAAUGGAAUUAAUAGGAGGCUUCACCAAUUUCGUGGGUAAUGCAAAUGCUGCAGAUUUGAUUCAGCGAAGACAGCGUUCGGAGCUCCAAUCAAAGAUCAAGGAAACAUUUUCAACUUCCCUAAAGGGUAAACCGGAGCUUGUACCUGCAGUGCUAACAUUGGCCCUGAACGAUGCCAUGACGUAUGAUAAGGCCACAAAAUCAGGGGGUCCCAACGGAUCCAUACGGUUAAGCUCGGAGCUAAGCAGACCAGAGAACCAAGGGCUUUCUGCUGCCAUGAGCCUGAUAGAGGAGGCAAAGAAAGAGAUAGACUCGUUUUCGAAGGGGGGACCUGUUUCCUAUUCAGACCUCAUCCAGUCUGCAGCACAAGCUGCAAUCAAGUCUACAUUUCUAGCGUCGGCUAUCAGAAAAUGCGGUGGAAAUGAAGAAAAAGGGAACAUACUAUACACGGCAUAUGGUUCAACUGGCCAGUGGGGUUUGUUUGAUAGGCAACUCGGAAGGAGUGAUGCGACGGAGCCAGAUCCUGAAGGCAGGAUCCCGCAAUGGGACAAAGCAUCUGUUCAAGAAAUGAAAGACAAGUUCGUCUCCGUUGGAUUAGGCCCUCGCCAGUUAGCUGUGAUGUCUGCAUUCUUGGGUCCGGAUCAAGCCGCGACGGAAUCUCUGUUAGCAACCGAUCCACAGGUCGCUCCGUGGGUUCAGAAGUACCAACGAAGCCGCGAAACCGUCUCCCAGACGGACUACGAGGUCGAUCUGAUCACGGCACUGACGAAGCUAAGCUCUCUCGGACAGAAAAUCAAUUACGAGGCGUAUUCGUAUCCCGUCGAGCGUGUCGACUUCAGGAAACUCAAGCUUUGAAUCCUUACGUUUCAUCACGCGGAAGAACGAAUCCCAUCUCUUCCAUGUUAUGUUCGGCUACAAAUGUAAAGUAUAUUCGUCACCUGAGGAAAUGAUAAACCAUCGAGAAGAUCUACUGCUCAAA